ACCGACUUCGUCAUCACAAAACGAAACUGUCAUGGCGGAAUUAGACGAAAACGCUCGUGAUAAGGAAAAAUCGUUAGCCAAAAACAGUAGAACUGAGGACGGCGAAAACAUGAAAACACAGAUUCACAAGCCCCGUUCCCAGGGCAAGAAAGACGCGUCCGCCGCUGUUACCACCACGGAGUACUGCGAAAAAUUACAGGAAUGGAUGUGGCAGUACUACUACAGCUAUAUGAACUGGCAGAGCUGGAUAGCCAUGUCUGCGUUUUCCUUCCCACCGUGUUUCCCAACGCAAGGAAUAAAUGAAACGCCCGGGGCGACGACAUGGGGUGCGGAUAUGUCUAACGGAGACCCUCGCCACUGGUUCAGCAGCCCGUUCGGGUUUCCCGCUGCGGCGGCGAGCGUCGCGGCUCCGGCUGCCGAAGCGAGUCCUCGAGCUCAAGCCUCAGCAGCCGCGCAGCUGCCUCAGCAGCAACAACAACAGCAGCAGCAGCCUAAUGGGAACGCUCAACAGCCAGGUAGGGAAUAUUCUAUUCCCUCUCCUCUUCAAAGAUUCUUGGCAGAAAUGGUGGAUUUCUUUAUUCUUUUUUUCAUCAAAGCUACAAUCAUCCUCAGUAUUGUCCACUUCAGUGGAAUGAAGGACAUCUCAAAGUUUGCCAUGCACUUCAUCGUAGAGGAGAUCGAUGAGGACACGUCGAUGGAGGAACUGCAGAAGAUGAUGCUUGUGGCUCUAGUGUACAGGAUAUUAGUUUGCUUUUAUGAGAUCAUAUGUAUUUGGGGAGCUGGUGGGGCGACACCAGGGAAGUUCCUCAUUGGCUUACGAGUGGUCACAUGUGACAGCUCCGUCCUGGUUCAGCCAAACCGCGUUCUCGUGGUACCGGCGACCAACGUCACGCUUUCAGCGUCGACAGUGAGAGCAUUAAACAAGAACUUCUCCAUCGCUUUCUUCUUUCCAGCGUUCAUCACGCUUCUUUUCUUUCAGCACAACAGGACUGUGUAUGACAUUGUGGCCGGCACCAUUGUGGUCAAGAGAAACAGGCUUAGAUGACUGUCACUGAAAUCGAUACCAACUCAAAAUUGUAAUGCAAAAACAAGCUCAUAGACAAAUGAGAGCAAAUCAGCUGGAGUGACACGUACUGAACUGAACUAAAGCUAUUGGCCUCUCGAAGAACUGUCACUUUAAGAGCUGAACACGGUAUUUCCAGUAUUUCUCACCCAUCUUCUCUGGACACCUGGUCUUAAAAGCAUGAACUGCUUUCUCAGAAGUAUUUUUUAAUCAUUUGUGGUGACAUCUUUAAAUAUUUUUCUUGUGCCAAAAAAGAUAAUUUAUAAAUGAGCUGCUUCACAAUACUUGAACUUCCUCUGGUACAUGCAUUUCAUCUCUGUUUCUCUCUGUUUGUUAAUGUAUGUGAAUUAUGGAUCUGGAUAUUUACUAUGAAUAUUCUUUGACUAAUGGAAUUCGAAAAAGAAUUAACGUUUCUCCGAAUGCAAUAUAGUUUGGUUAUAUAUCCUAAUCUACUGACUGGAUUUGUAUUACAGAUGAAUGUUUUGUACCUAAUUAUUCGUCCCAUUUUAUGGCCUUUAACAUCUAAAAAAAUUUUUUUAGCUGUUUUGCAUACUGUAAGUUUCACUGCAUGCCUUUUUCAGCUCUGAGUUCUGUGCUAUUCUAAGCUUGAGCACUUUAAGUUGCCUCAUUCUUUUUCAGUUUGUUUUUCCUUUUGGAUUGUUUAGAUGUGGCCAGAUCAUAAAUAAUUAAAUGAUGUCCCAGAGAAAGCCUACUGUGGCGUCUCUGUUUAUAAAUGGACCAUUUAUACCAAUAACAAUCCUUUCAAUAGACACGUUUAAACAGGGAUCUAUAGCACAUGAAUAAGGGAUUCGUUUUUUUGAAAUUGGGUUUACAUGUGCAGAUGCAGAGUAGGUUGCAUUAGGGUCGUUUCCAAAUAUCUGUAAGAGUCAGAAUGUGGACAAACUGAGUAAGCAACUAUUUAGAUGCCUGUUAAAACAUAUUCCAUACAAAUUUAAAAUAGUUCAUUUUUCAUAGGACUGGACCGUAAUAAACCUCUGAAUGAUGGUCAUACAUGUAAAGAAAAACAAUUAAUUUAAAAGAAUGAUGCUCUUUAAAUAUUUUGAAAUAAAUACUUAACCUAACCAAUAUGGUACUGAUAUAUUGUGUAUCACUAUUGUUCAGCGGAUAGUCUGCUUUUAAAUUACGUGAAUUGAAGAAAGGCAGUGAUCAUUUGUAUUGUGUUGGACAGAUAAUGUGUAUAAAAGUGACUGGCAUCUGCUCGUAACAGGUGUUCUCGUCAGUUGAAACGAUUCACCAGUAGAUGGCGGGAGAGCGCUGAUUUGCCAUGGAAACUGCCUGUGGAUACUGAAGUCAUGGCGUGUAUAUUUAAAGACAAAAUGUUUAUAAAACGGGUGGUUACAGCUAGGGUUUCUGGUUAUUAACAACAGCUACGAAGUGUGCGCUAUAUAACUGCACGCCUUCUAUAAUUUAUCGUUUUAUCCGGAAGUGUGUCAGAAUUCCAGAGUAGUUCUCCCCACACUGACCAUUCUGGGAAUUUUGUACAAAUCUACCCAUCAUUAAAUGUUAUAAUCCUUCACGUCACGUUUUAUAGUGGAGCUUAAAAUACUACCUCUUUGGUUACCUGCAGUCUUCAGGAUAUCUACUUAAUGGGUCCCACAGAAUGGGUCGUGAACGAUAUGAUGGUGAGUAAACGAUGACGGAAUUUUGGGUGAACUAUCCCUUUAAUGCAUACUAAAACAACGUUUUCGUUAACGUUCAUGUAAAUUCGAUAUGGACCGCCAGAAAACAGUUUUUGUCCUACCUGUGAAUGCCAUAGGUUAAUUACAGCUGUCUUGAAAUAUAAUAAUUCAUUUGUAUUACAUUGUUUAAACUGGCCUUUCUUUGUCAUUUCCACUGAGAGUUUUUUUUUUUUUUUUUCAGGGCAUAUGAUUUAUUUGCAAAAGCAUAAUAAAUGGUUGACUGUGUUCCUGUAGGCCCAGCAGAAGGCUUUCUCCAACACAGACCCUCAUCGCUCAAGUCAGAUAUUUUCCUUUGCUAUGCACCUUUCAGUUUGACCCAGCCGACUUUGAACCUUUUGACCCUUUCAUUAUCAGAAUGAUAGCACCGAUGUUGCACUGCAGUUAUCAGUGAGUAGUGCCCAGCCACGCUCGCCCUGACUUUGUUUAUCUCUCAAGUCAGACUGAGAAUGCUACGCCAACUAUAUGACGUCAUUGUGAUCCAGGGCUCUGUGUGGGGGAAUCCAGUCACUUUCAUGUUGCUAUUAUGAUAAUGCUGGCUCAUUAUAUAUAAUUUGUUAGAAAAAAAAAUAAUCCCUUCUGUAGAAGGACGUCAAGCUAAAGUGUUCAGCAGGUGUCUCUCUGAUCUGGUCUUUUAAAAUGUCUGGCAAUGAAUGUGAAAAUGUUGGCAGGUACUAUAAAAGCGCAUUCAUGUAUACACGCUCGUGCAAGUUUUGCUGUUUUGAAGUGGUCUGAAAGGUGAGAGAAGGAAAGGACACAGUCGGGCUCUAAGGCAUGUUGUCAGGGGCUCCCAAACAACAAGCUGAUUGGCUGAUUGCACAGCGUUCUGUCAUUAAUUGGUGAUGUGUUUUACUUUCUGUAGUAAUGAUGUCAUCAGUAGCCAAUCAAAGUGCCAUGGUGACUGUGAUUGGUGUGAUCUGAUUGGCUAUUCCGUUGAAAAUAAGAUGGGGUUGGGUUUCUCAUCAUCCAAGACUGAUGUUCACUCUGAGCUUUUGCAAAAUGAGUCUGCUCUUCCGAAUCAAUGAUCAAAAUGACAAUAGCGGGGAACAGUGCUCUCAAAACAGCAGUAAAAUCGUCAUUGGCAUUUUUACUUUAUUACCCCAAGACAGCAGCAUACAGUGUUGAAUUGUAACUUAAUGUCGUCGUCUUGUACUGUCGAGAAACGAGGGGAUUUCCUCAUCCUUUAUAGACAGUUGUUAAAGCCAUAUACUGCUUAAUAGAAAGUUAGCACAGUGAAACAUGGAAGUGCAAGAAAAAACAUUGGUUUGUGGAGGUAGAUUUGAUUAGUAUAUGACUUUAAUUAUACCAAUGGGAAGUUAAAUCGCAAUGCCAUGUAGCACACUUUACAUGCUAUAGAAAUGUAUCGAAAUAUACAGAAAAACAUAUAGUAAAAAUACAUAUAUUCCUCAGUUUGAGGCCAGUCAUCCUCUGAAUUUAGCACAGACUGUUAUCACAGUUCAAAAGUGCUGACCAACCUUGUCAAUGUCCCCGAGUCUGUCUGCAAGGAUAUUAAUGUUUAACACCUCCCAGGUUUACACACUGACAGGCGUCUAACUAUGUUUAUGUGACUCAUUGCUCUCUGGCAGACGUUUUAAUUAGUGAUCCAGCUGCAAGAGAAUGGAGACUUCAAUGUCCAUUAUAACGGAAGGUGCUGAGAUGAGAAUGGAUGGGGGGGUUAAUCUCAGAAGGGACAGAUUUGGCGGCAACACUGUGGGAGAGGCAGCAAAGCAUGUCUGUCAUUCAUGACUAUAUGUUGGACUUUCUGUCUGCUGUGUGAUGACUUGAUUUAAACCUGUAAUUAAUUAUUAAAAUCCUGACUGGGGGCUUUAUUCAGUGGCAGCUGCUGGUGAAUCACAGGGACUGACAGCUUGCCAGAGCUUCGGUAUACUAGAAGAUAGACUACAAGAUCAUAGGGGACAGCCAUACAGUCCUUGUCUAAACAGCAUGAUCAAAUUUGUGUAUUCAAAUAGGCCAUUCCACUGGAAAGUUAUGUUUGUAGGUUGGGAAAGUGACCACUAGAUCGUUGACUUACAGUCAUACUCAUUUAUGGCCCAAUUACUUUGAAUGAACAUUUGUUGACAUGAGGAAUUCUUGAAUCUGGUCCUCGGUCAUUCGGGAAUAGUGAACUCAGUCAUGCUGCACAAAGGGGAAAUUGUCUGCCCGGCAACAGUAUCAGUGUUUACUAAACAAUUCAGGCACAGCAAAUUCACAAAAUCAGGAAGUUGUGCUGAAAAAAAUGUAUUUCAAGCAAAAUAGAUAUAGAAUAAUUCAAUUGAGAUGUUUAGAAAGAGUGGAUUUUACUAUCAAUGUUCUAUUUUAUAAUAAAAAUCAUUGCAUUUUA